AUGACUCUCAUCAAAUUUACACUGGCUACUAAAGAAGUAACCAAGAAACACACUGGCCAAACAAUCCGUGACGAAAUUAUGGAGGUUUUGCGCAGUUUUAAAAUAGACCAAAAAGAGAUUUAUUUAGUCACGGAUGCGGGUAGUAAUAUGAAGCGAGCUGCAAACUUAUUAGCAUUUAAUAAUCACCUCUGCAUUGGCCAUGGUCUACAUAAUCUAAUCAAUGUAAAUGGCAUUGAAAACACGAGAGAAAUAUCCAAAAUUUUGACGAAAUGCAAAAGGCUUGUUAAGCAUGUUCGAUACAGGGCACCUCGUGUUGAAGCCGCUGCAUCUUCAAAUCAGCAACAGAUGCUUUCUUCUAUUGAAGAAUUCGCCGAACAUCUGGAAAAUGCCGACUCAACUGACUCUGAAUCCGAAACAACUGAGACACCUGAAAGAGAUUCAAGUUCUAGACAGUGUUUACAGCCCCCUCCGACUAUUAAAACGAGCACAAGCACAAGAUGGCAUAGCAUUUUGAUGAUGCUAAAAAGCAUUUGUAAUGACGCAAAUCGACAGCCUAUAAACACACUUCUUAACGAAAUAGGACGCUGUGAUCUCGUAUUACAUGAUACCGAAUACGAAACCAUUCAGGCUCUGAUAAAGUUUCUAGAGAAUUUUAAGAAAAUUGUUGAUGUUCUAAGUUCAGAAACCCAACCUACUAUGAAUCUGGUUCUAGUAUUUCGGUCAGAAGUGAAACGAUUGCUUGAAGAAUCGAAUGAUGAUGAGCCUCUCGUAAUAGCUAGGCUCAAAAAUAACAUGCUUGAGGGUCUGGAAUCCCGAUUUCCUAUAACCGAUGUGGUCGUUGCGGCAACCUUGCUUGAUUGUAGAUUUCAUGCAAUUCAUGAAAUUGAUGAGUUCAUGCAAAAAAGAGAAGUCACUAAGGUUUCAUUCCUAUCAACAAUGGUUAGAAGUCGCUUGACAACAGAAGAUAUUCGUCAAAAUGAAGUUAUUGAUUACGCUAAAGCUGGGCCGACUUCUUCUGCUAGUUCUUCAAACUUUUUGCUGGAUUUGGCGCGAAAACACAGCUCCACUCAACGUGAUUCCGGGAGUGAUGUAGAAAAUGAAUGCUGGAAAUAUUUCAGUACAGCAUGUCCUGAAGAUUUAGAGCCUUACGGUGGAAACGUUUUACAGUACUGGAAAGACAGGAAAACUUCUAUGCCAUCACUGUAUGCUCUUGCACGCUCAAUUUUGAAUAUACCAGCCACCAGCACGCCGAGCGAGAGAGUAUUUUCCACAGCCGGACUCAUAAUAACCGCAAAACGUUCCCGACUAAAUCCUUUGAGGCUAAAUAGGAUAGUAUUUAUCCAUGACAAUUAUGUAUUUUGCAAAGAAUCCUUAAAGAAAUCUCUCCCUGAUAAAAAAAGGCCCACGGCCAUCCACGACGCGCCGCCGCGACGCCGCCGUCGUUGUGGAAAUUAUCAGACCACGCCGCCGCCGUGGAAUUGGCCAUCGGCGCUCAUAUCUAAUGUAUUAGAUAAUGAAUAUUUUCUUAUUCUUAACUAUCAAAGUAGAGAGAAAACAUGUGCAAAAUUUACAAUAGGCGCAUCUGCCCGUCAAGAAGACGAGCUGCUCAUUUCAUACGUACAGUUAACGCUUCUGCGACCAUUACUAUACAUUUUCCAUAAACUAGUGCCUCGUAAAACUGCACAUAUGUUUACCGGAGCGAGGUGCAGCACCUUAAAAGCAUUGGUAAUAUAA